AUGUCGUCGUUCGCGUGCCGCGCCAUCGCCGCGCGCCUCGUCACCGCGGCGACGAGGCGCCGCGGCGCCGGCGUCUCCCUCGGGCGCCGAACGUCCCCCCCCGUCGCCAUCUCCACCUCGCGCGGGCUCGCCACGACGUCCCGCACCGCCGCCGCCGCGGACGGCGACGCGGCGACGAAAAGCGAAGGCGCGCGUUCCGAAGACGCUCAGCAGACGCUCGCGGAGGUCACGAAAAAGCUCAUGGACUGCCGCAAGCGCAAAGCCGCGGCGAACGCGGUCGAUCUCCUCGUCGGCCUCGGCCACGCGGGCAUCCAGCCGGACCUCCUCGCGUCCACGGCGUGCCUGGGCGCGUGCGUCGCCGCGGGGAAGAUGGACCUCGCGUUGAAGGUGUUCGAGGAGGUUUUCGACAAGGGCGUCGUGAAGCCCGACGAGGUCGUCUUCACCGAGCUCAUCCGCGGGCACCUCCGCGCGGACCCCCCGGCGUGGGCGCGGAUCACCGGGCUGCUGAACCGCAUGCCCGAGCACGGCGUGAACCCGACGGCGCUGACGUAUAACCUGCUGCUCGCGAGGUGCGCGGACGAUAACGAGCUCGAGCGGGCGGAGGCGCUCGUGGAUCGAAUGGCGGACGACGGGAUCGAGCCGGACGGGUGA